CGACCAGCGUACACUUUUAAUAAAAGAUCCAUACUUUAAAAUGGGUAAAUCAACUGACGAUAUUUACGGGAACUCGCAAAAUGAGACCAAUGAGGUCGAACUUGCGAACAAGGUGGCAGAACUCGAGCUUAAAUCGGAAGACACCGAAAAUGCUGGCCUAGAGAAAGCCAAAGAUGCCGCUCCAAAGUUCAAUUUUGGUGAAAAGAAAAAGAAGAAGAGCCCAGAAGCUGCUGAACAAGUAAAGACCGAGAUCAUUGAUGGCACUGGCCAAGUUUUUGUAAGGGGCCAUGUCUAUCCAUACGAUGAGCUCUUGGCAAGAAUUCAGUCAAUGAUCAAUGCAAACAACCCAGAUUUAAGUGGAAGCAAGAGGUAUACUAUCAAACCUCCACAAGUUGUACGCGUUGGAUCAAAGAAAGUUGCAUGGAUCAACUUUAGGGACAUUUGUGGAAUUAUGGGAAGAAACAUGGACCACGUACACCAGUUUGUUCUGGCCGAGCUAGGAACUGAAGGAUCAAUUGCUGGAGAUGGCCAAUUAGUUUUAAAGGGCAAGUACGGUCCAAAGAAUAUAGAAAGUCUAUUGAGGAAGUACAUUACCGAAUAUGUUACAUGUUCCAUGUGCAAGAGUCCGAAUACCACGAUGGAACGUGACUGCAGGGCGCGUUUAUUCACACAGCACUGCGAAGCCUGUGGAGCUAACCGUUCUGUUAAUCCAAUCAAAAAUGGAUUCCACGCACUCAACAAGGGUGAAAGAAGAAAGGCAAAGGUAUAAAAUAUACCUGCAAAUACCAGAAAUUAACGCUUGUGGAGUCACAAGUACACAAUCGUAACACUUAUACACA